CAGUCACUGCACCUGCCUUUGAAAACUACUGAGCUGGAUGAUGACUUCAGGAAACUACUGGGGAAGUCACUUUUCACAAUAAGUGGUACUGUGAAACUGUCACACACACCACAGUCCGCACCCUGGACUUUCUGUAGAAGACGCUCAAGAGGAUUAACCACAAGCCGACCCGUUGACCCCUUUCAUCUGCCCCAGAAGGAUGCUUCCUCUACGGGCUGUUCCAGGACAGUUUGGGCCGGAGGUCCGUGAGCCAGGCCUGAGAACGUGGAGGGUGGAGAAGAUGAAGGCUGUGCCUCUGGAGCCCGACCAGCUGGGCGUGUUCUUCAACGGGGACGCUUACCUGGUGCUGAGCACCCAUGGAGCAGAGGGCACAGAGCUGCACAUGUGGAUGGGAGAGAAGUCCUCCCGGGAUGAACAGGGGGCGUGUGCCAUGCUGGCCAUUCAGCUGGAUCACUUCCUGGGUGGGCACCCAGUCCAGCACCGGCAGGUCCAGGGCUACGAGACGCCCGAGUUCAUGAGCCUCUUCCCUGCAGGACUCAGCUACAAGGAGGGUGGUGUGGAGUCUGGGUUUAGGAGGGCUCAGAUGGGCUCUGGACCGGUUCACCAUCUGUACCAGGUCAAAGGGAAGCGGAACGUCCGAGCCAAGGAGGUGGAGCUGAGCUGGAAGAGUUUCAACAAAGGAGACUGCUUUGUAUUAGAUCUGGGCGAGACCAUUGUGUCAUGGAGUGGGUCAAAGUCAAACAUGUUUGAGCGUCAGAAGGUGCGUGAGUUUGCUGCACUCAUACGUGACACAGAGAGACACAGCAAAGCCCAAAUCAUCGAUGCCGCAGAGGGAGAGGAGCCACUGGAGAUGAUAGAGGCUCUUGGACUGAUUCCACGAUUGAUGGACAGCACACCAGAGGAUGACACCCAAACGGACAUCUUGAACUUUGCCACUUUGUACAAGGUGUCUGAUGCCACAGGAUCCAUGUCACUGACCAUGCUAUCUGAUAAAAGCCCUUUUUGUCAAGAGUUCCUGGAGAGAGACGACUGCUUCAUACUGGACAACGGAAACAACGGAAAAAUCUACAUCUGGAAAGGGCAUGGAGCCAACUCUGAGGAGAGGAUGAUGUCUCUGAAAAUAGCAGACCAGUUUAUCCAGCGGAUGAACUAUCCCUUGAAAACACAGGUGGAGAUUCUUCCCCAGGGACGUGAAUCAAUCCUCUUCAAGCAGUUUUUCCAAAACUGGAGUUAAAUACAUACUACUCACUCUAGAAGACACACAAAUGUCAUGUUUGAGGAUACAAUGUAUGUUUUGUAUAAGCAUUCUUGAUGGACAUUUUGAUUGAUCAUACACGCAUCCAAAAACAACUGGGAUCACCAACUAUCAGUGUUCUCCCUUAGGACCUGUUUUAUAAUAAUCUUAUCGAUGCCAACGGUUUACUGUAUGUUUGGAUGUUUAAGGUCACUGAUACCACUCCAGCUUGUCUGUGACUUCCCCGUGUACUUACUCACAUACAAUAUGGAAAAUAAUUUGUUUCAAAAUCUGUGGUAGUACUAAAGUGUGAGAAAUCCCUGUUCCUCUUCUGUACUUUCCCUUGGUUGAGAACUAAGAUGAAUACUUUCAGCCUUGGAUCUUUCUCCCAUCACAUUGUUUUACUGCGUUAAAUGUUGGCACCGGAUCCAUCACUUAUCUAUUCAAGACAGAGGUGAGGCUGGUAGACCAUAAAGUGUCUUCCUCUGUCUCACGGGAACGGUCAUGGUGCCAGCAGUGUUGUGAUUCAUGAUAUUAUCUUCCAAAGAAACCAAAGAAUCAUUCCUUAUCGUUAGGCUUUGGUGUUGGCAUAGAUACAACUGUUUAUCAAAGGGCCGUGAAUUGAAAGCACACUGGUCGGGUCAAAGGUUUGUGGGGUUUGAGCUCACGCUGACUGAUAUUACUGUUAUCUACUAUAAAAUAUGUAACAAUCUA